CAGGCAGAUACUACUACAUGAUAGUGUUUGAAUCGUGGACUGUUCGUGCGUUUGUUACACGGGAUAAAAAAAGAAACUCAGACUCUGUUAGCUCCCAGAGCUAACAUCGCUUAAAUUAGCCUUGGGACUCUAUUAUUAUUAUUCUCAUCAUUGUUAUUAUAUCACUGUUGUUGUUGUUUUGUUAUAAGUAUAAAGCAUGUCUGCUGUAGUGCUGCAAGUUGGGCAAUGUGGAAAUCAGCUCGGUCUAGACUGGUGGAAGCUUAUAAAUAAAAAGUCAAACCAUCACAAGAAAAGAUGUCCAUUCAGCUCCAGAAAUGGUGAACUAGCAGCAGUGUGUGUUGACACUGAGCCCAAAGUCCUCAGAAAAGCUUAUGAGUUUGUCAAAAAUAGGCAAAUCCUUCCAUCUAACAUUAUUGAAGGGAAAGGAGGACGUGGAGGAAAUUGGGCAUAUGGUUACCAUGGAGGCAGAUUUGAGGGUGACAACGGCUUACUGAAGCAAACAAUGGAGGCAUUGCGUCAAGAGGCAGAAAGACAAGAUUACUAUGGUGGAACUGUUCUCCUGCACAGUCUGACUGGAGGCACAGGGUCUGGUCUCGGUUCACGGCUGUGUGAGGAAAUUCGUGAGGAGUUUCCUGUGCGUCACAUCUUGACUGUGUCUGUGGUCCCUCAUCACAGUGGGGAGAGCCCGCUCCAGCACUACAACACUUUACUGAGUCUAGCAGCAUUACACAGGUCGGCUGACGGCAUACUUCUUUUUCAUAACGAUCAUGUACUAAGUCGUGCCAGAUUUCAACAGAAAUCACAUGCAGGGUUUGGAACUGUCUCCUGUGGUUUUCCACAAAGCACACUCUCAGUAAUGAAUACACACAUAAUCUCAUGCAUGGCUGGACUCCUGAUGCCAGUGAAAACUCUUACUACAUGCAGUGGCCAGAGUUUGGGAAUAGAGCCAUGGGAACUGGUGAGGUCUGUAUGCCCUAUUCCUACAGCGAAGCUACUCUACACCACUCAGGCUUCUGCUAGUGAGAUGUCACAAUGGGACACUUUAGCGAGUGAAACAGUUCAGAAUCUACCUCAGCUUUCACCUGAUGGAAAACUUUAUUCUAGUCGUGCUGUGCUGGCAGUUGCACGUGGAAACCACGACAACUCGUUUAUUGUUUCAAAAGCCCUGCAGAAGUUGAGACAAGCUCAUAGGUGUGUCCCAUGGAAUCCUUUUCCUGUUGACCACUGGACUGAUCCCCGAAAUGAGGCUAAUGUCUGCUUGUCUGCCCGCAUGCUCACUGUAUGUUCCAACCACAGCAGUGUCACAAGAUUAUUAGGCCAUGUAGCUCAACGUGCAACAGAGAUGUUGAAAGCAAGGGCCUAUCUACACUGGUACGAACGUUAUGGCAUAGAGACAGAAGAAUUUCAGAGGGCAUUAAAUACACUUUCCGAUCUCACUGAGAAUUAUGAGACUCAGUGAGGCUUAAUGCACUAAUGGAAUUUGUCAUGGAUGUUGGUUAAAUGCUAGGUUUGUGCUUAGGUGUUAAGAGUGUCUUUGAGUGUCCUCUUUGGUGUUAAGAGGUCUUUGAAGAGAAAGCAAGCAAGUUUACAGGUUUAAAAAUAUAAUUAGCCGUGUCUGCUGGUGAAAACAUUUAUAUAAUAUAUCUUAAAUAUUUUGUUAUUCAAGGUCAGAUUUUUUUUAUUGUUGAAACUAUAUACAACACUUAAAAAUGAUGUUUUCUCUCAUUUCCUUUUCUUUCAUCAUGAGCUUUAGGUAUACAGUCAAAACAGAUCUGUUCCAUUACACCCAUUACAUAAGUCAGACAACCUGAGUUCAUUGAAACACUUUAUCGUUUACAAGCCUUGUAGCACUCUGAAUAGAAAAAAACUCUGUUGACGAGUACCAGAAUGUCUCUAGGAUUUUUUUUAAAAAGAGACUAAGGAUGGAAAAACAAACAUAGCAGGUCUUAUGCAGAGUGUCGCCAACCACCACCCUACACACACACAUCACCACUGCCCCAACUUCCCAGACAGUGCAUUAGCUUGGUAUAACGACACAGAAUGUUGUUAUUCCAUUUACACCACAAAGAUUUGCCAACGAUUGCAAUGUUUGGUUCAUUACAGAAGGACACACUGCACAUUUUAAUGUUUUAUAGUUGUGAAACAGCUGAGCUCAGUACCUUCAUUGCAAUUUACUCGUAACAGUGGCCAUAAACAAUGACCCAAAAUCCACACUCUCGAUUUGUCAUAAAAUUUAAACAAAAAUUAUUUGUCAUAACAGUAAAACUUCCUAUUUCAUAAAUUGAGGCUAUAAAU